CAAUGUAAAAUACCCUUUGCUUUCUCAUCAAACUCCAGCCCCCCUCCACCACCAACCAAGGACACCGGCCAGUCUACCGAAUCCAUUUUCUUCUUCCCUUUUCUUCCUCAAUUCUUAAAAAUUGCAGAUAAUCAGUGAGUGUAAUUUUUCACUUAUAGAAAAGGGAAAUUCUAAAUGCAUUUACAGUCAAAACCCAAAUCUUUUACAGUCUAAUCUGCAGUAAGAAACUAGUAUCAAGUGAAAAAAACCUGUGAAUUUCAAUGACCCAGUUGAAGCCAAUAUUUUCCCAUUUAGACCCGAUCAUUCCUUCCUCCCCUGGGAAGUUCAAGCCCGAUAAGUUUUCGGCGUAUAGUUUUCACCGCUUGCGCUUCCACCCCAGGCUUGCUCUUUGGUCUAUUCUUUCUGUUAUUUUCAUCCUGCUUUUCUUCUGUUUCUCCCCUCCGGACGGUACCGCCUCCGCCAAACGCCGUAGCCUUCGAACAACCAGUUAUAUUAGCCGGGAACGCUUGGACGGGAACUGGGAAGUGAAGGCCCGGAAAUCGUCCCGUACAAGAUCCAAAACGGGCUUUUCGGUUCUAGUUACUGGUGCAGCUGGGUUUAUUGGAACUCAUGUCUCUAUUGCCCUCAAACGUCGUGGAGAUGGUGUUGUUGGGCUUGAUAAUUUCAACAAUUACUAUGAUACCGGGCUGAAAAAUGCCCGAAAAGCCCUCCUUGAUCGUGCCGGCGUUUACGUAUUUGAGGCCGAUAUAAACGAUGCAGUUUUGCUUAGGAAUCUCUUCGAGACUGUGCAUUUUACUCAUGUGAUGCAUUUAGCAGCCCAGGCCGGAGUACGGUAUGCGAUGCAGAACCCAAACUCUUACAUUCACAGUAAUGUUAAUGGUUUUGUUAGCUUACUUGAAGCAUGUAAAAAUGCAACCCUACAACCUAGGAUAGUAUGGGCGUCGAGUAGCUCUGUUUACGGGCUUAAUUCUAAGGUACCCUUUUCUGAAAAAGAUAGAACAGACCAGCCUGCUAGUUUGUAUGCCGCCACUAAAAAGGCUGGUGAAGAAAUAGCACAUACAUAUAAUCAUAUUUACGGGCUUUCAAUUACCGGGCUGCGGUUUUUCACAGUUUAUGGGCCUUGGGGAAGGCCGGACAUGGCUUACUUUUUCUUCACCAAGGAUAUAUUGAAGGGGAAAGAGAUUAAGAUCUUUGAAGGGGCUGAUCAUGCAACUGUAGCGCGUGAUUUUACCUACGUUGAUGAUGUGGUGAAGGGUUGUUUAGCAGCAUUGGAUACGGCAAAGAAGAGUACUGGGAACGGUGGGAAGAAGAAAGGUGCGGCGCAGUUUAGGAUAUAUAAUUUGGGGAACACGAGUCCUGUGCCAGUGGUGAAGCUUGUGGAUAUCCUGGAAAAAUUGUUAAAGGUGAAGGCGAAGAAAAAGAUGUUGCCAAUACCGAGGAAUGGGGAUGUUUUGUAUACACAUGCAAAUAUAAGUUUGGCAAGAGAGGAGCUCGGGUACAAGCCGACAACUGACUUGGAAACUGGGUUGAAAAAGUUUGUGAAAUGGUAUCUUCGUUACUAUGGUUCAAAGAAGAAGAGUGCCUGGUGAAAAAAAGAAUAAAAUCUUAUUCUACUGCAUUUUCGAUGGUCUAUUUGCUAAUAUUGUAAAUAAAUGCCAAUUUGAGUAUUCGUGCCUUCUGCGUACCUUAUGUAAUUGUGACAUUGGGUCAUCCCUACGUUUUGCUUGGUACUCUUUGAUGUUUAUGAACAGAGUAGAGGGUGGAAGUCUUCAUUUAUUUACCACAUUAUCAUUGAGAUAUUCUGUGUGGUAGACAUUAUACUUUAGUUGAUAGUUUAAAUGAUGUGUUCAUUUGGUUACGCAUCACUAUAUUUAUUCUGGUUUAAUAAAAUAGCAUUCUUGUGACUUUA